GAAACCGCGAUAGCGGGGCGAAUCGGGCGGAUCGCACGGCGCGGAAUCGAUUUCCGGUCGAGUUUUCAGGAACGGUAGAAUGGCGUUGAGAUCGAUUUGCCGGCUGUCAAUUGAUUCGACCUUCAGGCAGCCGAGCCAUUUCGGAGCCACCGCCCGGCCGAGACGACCGUCCCUCGACACGCUCCUACGAGGUUUCGCCGCAGCAACUAAGAAAAUGGCACUGCCACGCGUUUUCUUCGACAUGACCGCGGACGACAAGCCCGUGGGCCGCAUCGUGAUGGAGUUGAGGAAGGACGUCGUCCCCAAGACGGCGGAGAACUUUCGCGCGCUCUGUACCGGAGAGAAGGGUUUUGGCUACAAGGGUAGCAGUUUCCACAGGGUAAUCCCGAACUUCAUGUGUCAAGGUGGAGAUUUCACUAAUCACAAUGGCACCGGUGGCAAAUCUAUCUAUGGCGCCAGGUUUGAGGACGAGAACUUCAAGCUGACCCACACCGAACCUGGUAUCCUGUCGAUGGCGAAUGCCGGACCCAAUACCAACGGCAGCCAGUUCUUUAUCACCAGUGCCAAGACCAGCUGGCUCGACGGAAAGCACGUCGUGUUCGGAAAAGUCAUCGAAGGAAUGGAUGUUGUUAGAAAAUUGGAGGCCAUGGGUUCUCAAAGCGGCAAGACAUCCAAAAAGAUCAUAAUAGCGGAUAGCGGAGAAAUGUAGAUCAACUAGCUACUGUAAUGACUGCAUUUUUAUUUAACUGUUGCAUACCUAUUUGCUGUCUUUAUUACCCUACUUCGCCCAUUCCUAACGACCAAGGAUCUCUCAUCGAUGCUAAUAAUUUGUUAUCGAGCACGGAAACUCAAACUUGUCCAAUUUUGUAGAAACAAAUGAAAUUGCCUGCAUUGUUAUCUUCCAAUCUCUGAUUUCGAAUAAAUUUACUUUAUUUUGUAUUAAAGAAUAGAGAACCGUUUGCAGUGUGAAAUUUUUUUUAAUUUUUACAAAGAAGAAUUUGCCAAUUCCGUAAUAUCCCUUGCUUCGUUUCACGGUCAACACAUCUGUGUGUUUUUAUAAGAAAUCUGUAUUAAACUUUUGUGCGAAAUCCAGAUACUUCCACAAAUACACUCGCUUAGUAUUGCUAAGUGAAAAGACACAAAUGCAAUAAGCUCAAAUUUUUCAGUAUCAUCCUAUACUUUAGUGAGUGUUGAAAAUAUGAAUAUCUUCAAUAUUAGGAUAGGUAUUUCAAAGUUUAAAAUCGGUGAUUAAUGUAUUGAUUCCAGUGUGUUAACUAAUGCAUUUCUCUUUAAUAGUAUGUUCUUUAAUUUGUCAUGUGUAUAAUACAUGUAUGUAUAUCACGAUUAGAGAAUCCUCAUUGUAUGUUUUUUAUAAAUAUGUAUCAGUCCUUUUCUCUUUGUUGCGAAAAAUAAAACAUCCCGUUUGCCUAUCGUGAUGCGAGCAAUGCCUGAAAGCGAUACCAUUUUAUUGUAAUACAACACCAAGUUGAAAUAUGUAGUUGCAACAGUCUAACCAGUUUCGAUUUCUUAAAAAUAAAAUUGUUUUCAGAAA